CACGUUCAAUCUAUCUAAUUUGCUAUGGUGUGUAGAUAAAAUAUAUUCUUUUCUUUUUAAUUCGACUUUAAGUUCAAUUAAGAUCUGAGAAAUGAAUUUAUUUACACAACAACGGUCAGGAAUUCAUUUUGUUAAUAUUCAAAACUUUCCUUGUUGUUUUCUUUAGGAGAGACAAGAAUAAUAAUACGAAUGAUAGUAAACAUUCAUUAAAUAUGCAAUUAUAUCGAAUGAAGAAAAUUUUCCAUUUAAAUCAAGCAAUAUUUCAUCAGAUCGAACAAAAUAUUUCUCAUAUUAUUAAAAAUCAUUCGAGACUAUUAAAUCAAAUAUUAACAAUUGACAAACAACGGUUACAUUUAAUUCAAUAUAUAAAUUAUCUUCAUAAUAAAUGGCUUGUUGAUCAACAACAAAUAUUAAAUAUUUCAGAAAAAUUCAACAAUAUAAAAUAUACUAUUGAUUUAAAUAAUAAAAAAUUUCAACAAUAUACUAUAGAAAAACAAAAUAUAAUACUUUUUUUACUAAAAAAACAACAUUUAAUUGUACUUAUUAAUGAACAUAUUAAAUUAAAUGAUUCAAUUCGAAAUAAACAUCGAUUAUGUUAUAACAAGCUUAUAAAUGAAAUUCGACAAAUACGAAAUAAAGUAUUAGAUGAAAUUCAUAAAAUCAAAUCAUUUAAACAACAAAAUCAACCAAAUAUGAAACAAUUUAUUCUUCAUUUACGUCAAGAAUUAUUCGAAUAUAAAAAGAAAAACAAUUAUUUACAACAUCGAAUUCAACGACGUCACAUUACUCGACCAAUAUUGACUGACUUCAAUAAUAAAUCAAUCAUAAAGGGUAAAGAUAAAUUUCCUUUGCUUUUAAUAGCAUAG